AUGGACUCCAUCAUGCUCCUCGUGAUCUCCCUCUUCGCCAACAUGGCGUUCGGCGCACCUAUCAUGGAGUCGCAGGCCGAUGCAGAUGACUCCACGGAUAGUGCCUCCGAGGGGGCAAAUGCCGAGCCUGUUGGAGGGCCAGUACCAGGGGCUGGAACUAUUCUUGACACCGGUGCUAUCAUCGGCAUUAUCGCUGGAGUCAUUGCUACUCUACUCCUCGUUGGACUCCUGUACUGGUGUGGUGCUCGAGGUAGAUAUCCCGGCGUUCAAAGGAGAAGAUGA